AUUGCUCUCGGACAGUUGCCUUUCGCGAGCUGCGCACGCGACGGAAGAUCUGGGGAUUGCUCCGUUCGAAUCAAAUGCUGCUUUGCUUUGCUCGGUAAUGUUUUGUGGUGUUUCGAGGGGCCCGCGUGAAACUUGCACGAUGCCGGAGGAGUUGCUAACGAGCUAAAUGCGGAAAACAAACCAUGCUGCCGCGAAGCGGGACGGCCGUAGGAAACAAAGUACCUGCGUUUCGCGAAGGGUUUCUGUUCCUAAGGAUACAGCACUGGAAGGUGAAUGCACUCAAGGAAUUUAUAUUCCGUUUGUUUCAAUCCCCGGCUCGACUGCUGACUUUUGCAAAAGCUUUCGAGACGUAAGGGCAGUUGGCGGGGUUUGGGAUUUUGUUUGCUUUUUAUUUUUGUUGAGGUCGCUUUUAUUUGGCAUCGUUAAGGUCAAAUUGUAUUGCUCUCAGAAGCCUUGCUAUAGGUCAAGCGGAGGGAUUGAGAAAGAGGAUCCUGGGGACAGGCACCGCCUGGCGCAAGGUCACGGCAAGCAUUCACACGAUAAAAGCACCGAAAUUUGCUGUCUACAGUAGCUAUACUAACCGCAACCGGGUCAGGUCUCAACCUGAAGCCCCUCAAGCCACUCAAGCCUCUCAAGAAUUAGAAGGGAGAACAAAGAAGUUCUCUUGGAUCCACACGGGGAAAGUCUUGAACAGAUGGAAAUGAAA